UGUUACGACUCCAAAUUGUGAAUUCAGUUCGGUUUGAAAUGUCAAUGUGGGUACUGCUGUUGCUGCAAAUUCUGCUGAUCUGGCUCUGUUCGCUAAUGGGUGGAGAGACCAACUGCAAGGCGGACAGAAAAAAGGCAGCCGACUUAUCGAUCAGAUGCUGUCAGCUAACACGUCCCAGCCUGGACAAAGGAAAUGCUGAAUGCAAAAGCACUCUGAACUUGCCCUCAGGCAGGAGAUUCAACUUUGCCGAACUCUACACGAUCAAUAUGUGCAUUGAGGAGUGCAACUAUAUAGGCUCUGGCUAUACCGAUGCAGAUCCGCCAUACCGCCUGGAUCUGGCCAACAUACGCCACAGCCUGGAAGAGAUAAUGCCACAGCCGCAGCUGGAGUCUGUGCCCUUCAUGAUGGAUGCGUACAACAAGUGUGAGAUAUUUCGCACGCUGCAUGCGGGUCGCUUCACACUCCACCUGCCGGAUAUUGAAUUCAUCGAGGAGCCGUGCAACCCGUUUGCCCUGCAGCUCACUAUCUGUGUGCGAAUGCUGGCCAUGCAGAAGUGCCCCAGUCGCUUCUACCUGGACACCGAUGAGUGUCGCCUGGCGAGGAACUAUUUCACACAGUGUGUCGGCGAUAUUGAAUCGAAUCUUGGCUAGAAUUCGGAUGAUGUGUGUGGAGAAUGGAACUCAACUGCAAAACUGAAAAUGUGUGUGAAAGUUCAUAAAGUUGUCGUUGGCGGCUGACUGCUGCAUAGAAAAAUUUCAAUUCAGACCUG